AUGGAGGCUAAUCACAACGACCUAGUCAGCGAUGAGGCACGCAAAAUCUGUGACGUCAUAUUCAUCGUCGUCAUUCUUUGUUUCCUGGGGUUGUUUGGUUCAGUGGCUAACAUCAUAAACAUCAUGGUGUUUAUAAAACAGGGUCUUAAAGAAACAGUAACCAUCAGUUUCCUGGCUUUAUGUCUGGCUGAUUUAGGUAACGUGCUGCCUCUUGUCUGGGCUAGUGUGUGUUCGAAUCCCUUGUUUGAUAUCAAGGAAAAAGCAGACAAUACGUUGUUCGUGCAUUUAAUUUCAGGCGCUGUCUGUCAUAGGUUUCUGCCGUACUUUGAUACCAUUAGAAACACAACAGUCUACAACGUCGUCAUAACCCAUAGCGCCGAGUGUAAUCUAGAUCUUAGCAACCUGAUGAACGUCUCUGCUAGAGUUAUCCUUUUUAUCCUGGAUAUCAUUUUUACAAUUAUUAUGAUACAUCGAUUGCAGAUGAAAUCAAAAUGGCGUAGCGAGACGUCUGCUGGGACAGCAAAAGAUGGAUCAGCUUUACGAGACUACAGACUAAUUAAAAUGUUGGUUCUGAUUUCCUUUAUUUACAUAACGACCUCCAUUCCUGCCAUUGGCUACACGGUGCUGUUGAACACGAACUUUUAUAUCUUCUCUUCCAACAGGAACUUCUACUCUGUCUUCUGGGCUGUCGUAGUCUCUUCAGAAGCUGCUGGCAGCUCUUUCAACAUUUUCGUCUUCUACACGAUGAGUGCUAAAUUUAAAAAGGCCUUUGGGGAUAUUUUUUGCGAGAAGUUGGUUGAUAACAAAAGCAAGUCACUUACCAAACAAAUUGAAAUGAAUUAA